AUGCCCAGCGCGAUCCGGCCACGGGCCGAUCUCUUCAGCUGGAACUUGGAGCCGAGGCGGCGGAGAGCCACGUACCGCAUCUUCCGGGUCAGCGCCGCGACGGUCAAGGCGGCGUACAUCCACAGCCUCUUACUGUCCGCCAGCUUCGUGCUGCUCUGCAUCCCCAGCUUUCUCACCUGGAGUGGGACGGACUGA